AUGGAUGUAUUCUCUGUUGUUGGUCUAGGGGAUUUAUUCUCUGAUCCUAAUAAAGUAUGGAUUGUCCUGGCAACGGAAUCCGAGGUACGUGCAACUAUACUUCGCAAUAAUUUGCGCAUUAAAAAUGUGUUGAUGAUGGGAUCUGGUUUCAAAGAAGACUUAGAUAAAGAUUCAUAUACUUCUGUUGGCGACUACUGUAAAGAUACAGCAGAACAAAAGGCACAUUUGGUUGCACAAAGAAUAUUUUCUGCUAAAGGAAUUGAAGAAAAGACACAAGUCCUAAAAUAUCUUAAGUCACCAUUUGCUCCAAUCGAUAAAGACUUCGAUCUUGAUAAGAUCCAACUAGUAAUUGGUGCCGAUACAGCAGGGGAUUAUAAUGGUAUAAUUUACGAAAAACCACAAAGCAGGGAAGAGGCCAAGAAGCAACUUGUAUCCUACACUCUUGGACAUCAUUAUAUUCACACUGGUGUUGGUAUAUUCGUAAGAAGUCAGGGAUAUAACCAAUCUGCUGCAAAAUUUUAUGAUACCACUAGAGUAAAGUUCCAGACGCUGUCGGAUGUGGACAUAGAGAGGUUACUGGACACUGAAGAAUACAAGGGAACUGCAGGUUCUUAUCGUGUUUCCGGUGUUGGUGAAUCCUUAAUUGAGUAUAUGGAUGGCUCUUACACCAAUAUUAUGGGUUUGCCUGCGCAAAAAGUCUCUAGUGCUAUCGCUAAAAUCGCAAAGACAUAUAAAUUAAACUAA